AUGUCCUCCAUGAACAUUUCUGACUGCACUGACCACGCAAAUUGGUCGCCCAGCUCAUGGAAGACGAAGCCAAUUAAACAGGAGCCUAUCUACCAAAAUACCCCUGACGUUAAGAAAUACCUUUCGAAACUUGCUCGUUUACCCCCGAUCGUUCAGCCUGGUGAAAUUCUGAAGCUAAAGCAAGAAUUAAAAAAGGUUGCACUAGGCGAAGCUUUCCUGCUUCAAGGUGGGGAUUGUGCCGAACUCUUUGAGUACUGCGAGCAAAAUGCUAUUGAAUCGAAGAUAAAGCUUCUGCUUCAAUUGAGCAUGAUUCUAACAUAUGGUGCAAACAAGCCCGUCGUUAGAAUUGGACGUAUGGCUGGUCAGUAUGCAAAGCCUAGAUCUAGCCCAACAGAAAUUGUCAACGGUAAAGAAAUACCUUCAUUCAGAGGGGAUAUUCUCAACGGCUAUAGCGUGGAGGAAAGAAAUUUAGAUCCACAACGCCUUGUGGAGGCAUAUUUUCACUCAGCCAGUACGCUCAAUUUCAUCCGAGGAUCCCUAUCUACUGGAUUCGCUGACCUACAUACACCACUUACUUGGGAACUCGGCCAUGUUCACGAUCUACAGCUCAAAGAGAAGUACUCCCAAAUUGUCAAAUCUAUCCUUGACUCUCUCCGUUUUAUGCGAACGAUUGGUGCUGAUAACUCUAUCGAAAUUUCCAGCGUUGAUUUUUAUACAAGCCACGAAGGUCUGCUACUUGACUAUGAGCAAGCAAUGACCCGAUUGCUUCCUUCUCCAUGUCAGUCACGUAUGACCGAUUCAACGAAUGAAGAUAAAAACAUGGCUUAUUUCAACACAUCUGCUCAUUUCAUAUGGAUUGGUGACCGUACAAGGCAAGUAGACGGGGCGCAUAUAGAAUUCUUUCGUGGUAUCCAAAACCCUUUGGGCGUUAAAAUUGGCCCCUCGACUAGCUCUAGUGACCUUCUAACCUUACUACGAACUUUAAAUCCGUCUAGAGAAGUGGGUAAAAUAACAUUAAUUACCCGCUACGGUGCUUCCAACGUUAAAAAGCUCCUUCCGGCUCAUAUUAGAGCAGUAGAAGAUAGCGAGUAUCGCAAAUGUGUUGUUUGGCAAUGCGAUCCUAUGCAUGGCAAUACCGUUUCUACUGUAACAGGAGUCAAGACGAGGAAGUUUUCUGAUAUUUUCUCUGAGCUGCAGCAGGCUUUUGAAAUCCACAAGGAUCAGGGCAGCUACCUUGGUGGUAUUCAUCUCGAACUGACUGGAGAUAUGGUAACAGAAUGCACUGGCGGCAGUGAGGGGCUUAUUGACGAAGAUUUGUCUCUUAAUUACACCAGCUUCUGCGACCCUCGAUUGAAUGAACACCAAACACUGGAGCUGGGUUUUCUAAUCGCUAACCACCUACGCAAGGUCGGUAUCCCUGAGUGA